GAAGAAUAUGAAAGAAUGAUAACAAUAGUUGAUGAAAUGAAAAAAGGAUUUCUUAUAUGUGAUAAGGGGAAAAAUUACAAAAAGUGGAAAAAUGAAGAAUGGUAUAAUAAUUUGAAGAAUGAAUGGAUAAAAGAAGAGGACAAAUUUAUAGAUACUACAGAUUUUAUUGAAAAGGAUGAAAUAUAUAAGGAUUAUUUGUUGAAUAAUCCCCUUAUAGAAGUAGAAAAAGGUGUAUUAUUAAAACAUUGGAAAGAUAUGUAUAUAAAAUGGAUUGAUGAAGAUAAUGAGAGGGAUUGGCUACGUAUCGCAAUAGAUAAAAAUAAUAUAAACACAGACGAAAUGAAUGAAGACAUAAAUAGAAUGAUCGAGUUGAAUAAAUUAAAAGAUUAUUCAAAUGAAUUACAUGAUAAUAAAAGAAUAAAAUGGAAAACUAUCAUAGAAAUUCAUAUGGAAGUUUUGAACGACUGCAAAAAUGAAGAGUGGGAAAUGAAUAAAGGGGACUUUUUAGAAAUAUGCUUGGAAGAAUUUGGAAAUAUAGAAAAUAAGGAAUAUUCCAAUAUUAUAAAUAAUAUGUUAAUGGUAGGAGAACUGGAAUAUAAAUAUUUAAAUAUGGAUGUAAUAGAUAGACAAAACAAUAUGUGGAAUAUAUGGAUAGAAAGACACAGAUAUAUGUUAGAAAAAUGGAAAAAAGAAAAAUGGUUUAUUAUAUUGAAAGAGAAUUGGAAGAAUGAAGAGAAUAAAUAUAUGAGAAAGGCUUAUUUAGAAUUGUUGAUUAGUUUAAGAGAGGAUGUUAAAAAUCCAUUGUUACAAAGGCAAAAAAUUAUAUGGAGAAAGUGGAUUGCAAAAAAUUUAUAUCAUAUAGAAUCAAAUGUUAUAAAAAAAUGGUUUGAUAAGUUAUUAGAAGAAAUUGAAAGAAAAGGAGUUAUAGAUUUAGAUGAAUGUAAAAAUUUAAUGCAGUUGGAAGAAAAUGACGAAUAUUUGGAAGAAUUAAAAGAACAUAGGAAAAAAAAAUUAAUAUGUAUCAUAUGGAUAAAAAUAUAUAUGAUGAUAAUUGAGGAACACAAAAAGGAGGAAUAUUUAGAAAGUAAAGAAAUAUUUUUGGAUACGUGUGUUGAUGAAUUGAAAAGAAAAGAAAAUUUAGAGGUUGAUGAAUUAUAUAUGGAUGAUAUGAAAAAAAGUAUCCUAUUAAAUGAUCAAAAAGAAGAAAUAGAAAAAUUAAAAAUGAAAAAAUGGUAUAAAGAUUUGAAGAAAGAAUGGAUAAUUGAGGAAGAUAGAUAUUUCAGAUCAAUAAUAAAUGAAGAGCAUGAUGAAGAAUAUAAAGAUAUAAUAAGAAAGCCAUUAAGAGAUGUUGAAAAAAAAAUAUCAAAAAAGCAUUGGGAUGAUAUUCAAUUAAAAUGGAUAGAUGAAGAUAACGAAAGGGAUUGGUUAAAAAUAGCAAGGAAUGAAAAUGAAGAAGAUAAUUACGCUUAUGCAAGAAAUAGGAAGAGAAAAUAUAUGAAUAUUUAUAGUGAAUAUUAUAAAAGGAAUAAAAAAAAAAGUGGAAAUAAUAUAUGUGAAAAAAUAAGUAAAAUAAAUAUAGAAAAGGAAAUAUUGAAUCAUGAUAUGGAAAAUACUUAUCAAGAAGCAGAUGACUAUAAAUUAAAGAAUGAAUAUUUUGAUAUAUGCUUUGAUUUGUUGAAAGAAGGAAAUAUGUAUUAUACAAAUUUAUGGAUAAAAAAUAAAACAAUUGAUGAUUCAUAUGAAUAUUUGGAUAAUAUAUUAAAUAAAAUGUUGGAGAAACAUAAAUUAUUGUUAUAUAAUAUGAAAGAAAAAAAUAAGAUAUUAAUUGAUGAACUGGAAAAAGAGGAAUGGUUUAUUAAUUUGUGGAAUGAUUGGAAUGAAGAAAGAAAUAAUCAUAUGAAAAAUAUACCAUAUAAAUAUAAUAUUACAUUAUUUGUUGAAGACGAAUUAAAAUAUUUAUAUAUUGAAGAAGAAAAAGAAAUAUGGAAAGAAUGGAUAUUAAAAAAUAUAAAUAAUAUAGAGGAAUGGGAACAUGAAUACUGGUUUAAUGAUUUAUUAGAAAGAUAUGAAAUGUUUAAAAUUGAUUUUAGUGAUGAAAUAUAUAGUAUAGAAUUAGAAAAUUAUUUGAAAGAGAAAAUAUUAAAAAUAGCGUUGCUAAUAGAUAUAUUUAUGGCAAUUUUAAAUACAAGUUUUAAUGAAGUGAGUGAGGCGACUAAUGAAUAUUUUACAAAAUCGGAAAUGGAAAAUAUUGAAUAUGAUAAGACAUAUGAUUACAAUGAUGAAGAGGAAAAAAUAAAAAUAAGAGAAUGGUUUGAAAAAUGUGUAACUGAAACACAAAAUGGAAUGAUAGACAAAAAGAAUAAAAUGAGAAAAGUAUCAUUUCCAAAAGAAUUAGAGGAAAAAGGAAUUAUGAGUGAAAACUUAGAAGGUGAAACUUCUAUAUAUAAUAAACAGUUGAUAGAACAAAAAAUGAAUAUAUUAAAAGAAAGUUAUAGUAGAAAUGGAGAUAAUAAAUCCAUGCAAUGA